AUGUCGAAAUUUAUAUCAUGUAGUACAAUCUUACUUAGCCUGGCAGCAUCAGCAUUGGCUGACGACUCUCUUCAGCGAAUGAAUGCCGCUCUUGCAGAUGUCUUCAAAGGCGUAACAAACACCACAAUCCUCCAUGUCCAGCACUUCGUAACCGGUGAUUUCUUGCUUCCCGUCAGUCCUCCCAACGGAGCCGUGCCCGUUGUCCCUCGCGCGUCCAACGGCGCAACUGUAGUCAAACUCUUCAUCCGCACCACUGGGAACGCCCCCGCAACACCAAAUGCCACUGCGGGAACCGACGUAGGAAUAGAGCUUUGGUUCCCAGAGGUUGAUGCCUGGACGGGGAGGAUUGUGAAUUUCGUGCAUGGUGGCUGGCAAGGGUAUGCUGGGGUCACGGCGACCAAUUUCUCAUCACCGCAGAUAGACACCUCGAUAUCAGAGUACUCUGAGUGGGCGUCUAGUAAUGGCUAUGUGUCUGCCAUCUCUGAUGGAGGCCAUGUCGCGAAAGAUCUCCUCGAUACGUCGUACCUGGUCACUGCAAAUAACGAGCCCAACUACGAAGGAUGGAAGAACCAGGCAUGGCAGUCCGCUCACCUCAUGGCCGAGACAUCGAAGUCAAUUGCUAAGGCGUACUACGGCCGCGAGCAAAACAAGACGUAUCUUCAAGGCUGUUCGACAGGUGGCCGGGCAGCAUAUCAGAUGGCACAACAAUUCCCAGCAGACUACGACGGCAUAGUCGCCAUUUCACCAUCAAUCACAGGCUCCCGUCUCUACGAAAGCAUCGGAAACCCCACACUCAUCCUGAACAACGACAAACAUGAACCAUUCACGACCACCCAGCUCAGCAUCCUCGGCCAGAAAGCAAUCGCAGCAGGCGACACAUCAAUAACCGGCCAGCACGAUGGCUACAUCACGGACUGGCAAAACAACACCUACGAUGCAACCAAAGACCCCACAAUCCUCCGCGUCGAAGACGGCGGCAACUGUACCGAGCCCUGGGCCAUCACCCUCGCCCAAGCCAACGCCAUCAACAAAAUCUGGUACGGCAUAACCCGCGACGGGCAGAUCCCCUCCCCCUCACAGGACAACGGCUACGGCCUCAACCUCAACUCCCACAAACUCUACUGGGGCCCGAUGCGUGGAUCGCAGCUCACCUUCGCCAACACCCCCUUCGCCAUCGUGGGAAACUGGUGGGCGUCCGUCUUCCGCGACGCAUCCCUCGGCGACCCGGAUUACUUCCCCGGCGGCACCAACGCAUGGCAGAACUUCACGUACGAGCAGUUUGCAGAGAAGAUGCUGGAGGGCCAGAGGCUCGACCACGAGUGGAUCAAUAUGGACGCAGACAACCCCGACCUUUCGGCUUUUCACGACCAGGGCGGGAAAAUCAUGGUGUAUCACGGGCUCGCGGACCCAAAUGUGCCACCGCAUGCUACAAUUUCGUACUAUGAGCGGUCAAGCGCCAUUAGUGGUGGGUAUGAGCGCGCGAGAGAAUUCCAUAGGUUGUUUCUUGUGCCUGGGAUGGGUCACUGUGCGCCUGUCUCUGGGCAGUAUGGAGAUGCGAAUGUUCCGUUUGUUGGCGGGGACGACCUGGUAGAGGAGGUCGCGAGGUGGGUUGAGGAUGGAAAGGGGCCGGACUCCGUAUUGGCUACUUCGAGUGAUGGGAAGGUUUCGAGGCCGGUGUGCGUGUAUCCGGGUCUACCAAGGUAUGAUAGGGAGGGGGAUGUAGGGAGUGCUUCCAGUUUUAGUUGCUAG